AUAUUUUUAACUACCUAAAUUUUAAUUUGCCAGACUGAAAAAUUUGAAUUUUUGCAUCAAAAUUUAGUAUAUUAAGCGUCCAACAUUUGAUGCAGAAAAUAUCAUUUUACGUUUGCGAUUUAUCGUCCCACGAGAUUCUACCCUCUAAGAUGGCAUCUCUUCAUUUGCUAAGAUAUACAUUUAUUUAUUCGCUCCUGGUUUGCAUUUCUAUCACGAAUGUGACCUCCUUGGCCCCUGGACGCUUCUGGGACGGAUUGCGAACCACAUUCCCACAUUACGCCCCAGUCCCCCGCACAACGAAGGAAGCCCUUUCCCAAGGUUGGACGCUGGCAAGUACGAAUUGCAACAAUGGUGGAAAAUUUAACGGAUUUCGUUACAUCCACAAACCCAACGCAUCCUUUACCGAAUCCUCCAUCGUUCCUUUGUACGAUGUGAACGGCGUGAUUGCAGGAAUUCAGGCAAAUUUUUUAGCCAGUGAAGCCAAAGCUGAUCCAACUAACACGUACAAAUUUGAUGAGAUCCCCAUGUUCAUGAGAAACACGAUUGAUGGAAAAAAUGUGUACACGUUGACGUCUUACUUUGUGGAUCCAGCCAUCAUCUGCACCAAAGGACGCUACAUGACCGACCUGAAUUCCGACGGGACUGCGACAACCGUUUCCUUUCAGCAUGGACCAAACCCUUCCCGCACAAUUAAAGCCCCUCUAGAAAGGUCCGUCGCCAUUUCGGCUGGAUGGAGUAACUCUGCCUGCUUUCCUGGCAUGGGAUUCCACGACUGGUAUCAGCAGGAAAAGUUCCAAGACACCAAAUGCGACAAGAUGCACCCGGUUUAUCUUUUGUAUGGCAAGGACAACAAAUUGGUCGGAUUUGGGUGGAUGGCUGUAGGAAAUUUCAACUCACCAAGAUACGAACAUCACAAGGGUGCCGUGUUUAAGAUGGUCAUCGGACCUAGUGUUUCGCCCUGUCUUGUUGAAAAAGCUGAUACCGUGGGAGUAACCAUUACGCACGUUAUGCUAAUCUCCAACCCGGAUUCGCAAGAUUGUAAAUAAGGCGAUUUAGUGAAAUGCUUGAGUUAUGCUUGUUUCUGAGUUUAGUAAUAAAAUAGAACAAGAUUACGUAAUUAAGGAAUAAACAAGAGUUCUAUAAUUACGAAAACUUUACUUUAACUUUAAUAAUUUCUUUGUGACAUAAAAUUAGGCACAAAAAUAAAUACAUAAUUCAUUCCGUGAAUGUGAAAUUGAA